GUGGCGCGAAAUCCGCUCCCGUCGGGCGCUGUGCGGAGACAUCCCGGGGCCACUCUUCGGGGUGUGCGGCCUCAGUCCCUUCCCCACCAAACUCUGGAGUCCAAGGCCGGUCUUGCCUGCCGUCUUCCUGCUGCGGGGCCGGAAGGGGCGGUGUGGUCGGGAACCCGGGGCCCAAAGGGAAGACAACUCCCUCCAGGCGUGGGGCUUAAGGUGGGCCGACCCGUUCUGGGCGCGUGCGGACUAGGGAAGGGUGUAACUUCCUCUGGGCGAGAAAGGUAUGAGGACGAUCUCCUCUCGACCAGGGGGAAACCGGCCCUCCAGGCGUCGGGGAGAAGGUGGAGACGACCCCUUCAGCGCGUUUUUCUAGGUGGCGGGUGGACCUGUCAUUUCACAUUGAUGAUGCCGGUUCUGGGCUAAGUAGGGGGCUCCCUUCCGCAUAGACCUAACACCCCUUCCACCUCCCAAAUUCGACCUUCUCAGGACUGCCCACUCCCACGAGGUACGUCGAGGAGAAGGAAGGUAUGGCCUCCGGGCUUCCGACGGCCUGGUUUCGUACAAACGCAGAAACACACGAGACGUCGGGAAUGCUUUCAGGUCAUCUUGUAGACUGUGCCCUCAUGUGCUGGGUCAGCCUUUCCCUUCCUGUCAGCGUGGGUGAUGACAGACCCUGGCUGAACAGAAACCUGUGGGUUUUAGGAACCAGUGACCUUUGAAGAUGUGACCUUGGGUUUUACUUCAGACGAAUGGGGACUGCUGGACCUCGAAAAGAAGUCCCUGUACAGGGAGGUGAUGUUGGAGAACUACAGGAACCUGGUCUCAGUGGAACAUCAGCUUUCCAAGCCAGAUGUGGUAUCUCAGUUAGAGGAGGAGGAAGCGCUCUGGUCGGUGGAGAGAGGAAUUCCUCAAGACACCUUUUCAGAGUGUCCUGCGGCUCAGUUGGACCCUCAAGUGGAUCCUCUUCCUGCUGGGAAUCCCCUGAUGAAGAUCGAAGUCGUUGAAGUCCUCACACUGAACCAAGAGGUAGCUCGUCCCCGAAAUGCCCAGAUUCGGGCCCUCUAUGCUGAAGACGAGGGCCUAAGCCCAGAAGUACUUGGGGAGCCCACUCAACAGCUAGGCAAGCAUCCAGCUGACCCUGAGGCUGCACGCCAGAGGUUCCGGGGGUUCUGCUUCGAGGAGGUGGCAGGGCCCCGAGAGGCCCUGGCCCGGUUGCGUGAGCUGUGCCGCCAGUGGCUGCAGCCCGAGGCGCACUCCAAGGAGCAGAUGCUGGAGCUGCUGGUGCUGGAACAGUUCCUGGGUGCGCUGCCCAGGAAGCUCCAGAGGUGGGUGCAGUCACAGCACCCAGAGGACUGUCAGGAGGCAGUGGCCCUGGUGGAGGAUGUAACCUGGAUAUCUGAGGAGGAAGCAUUACCCGCCCAGGACCCCACCUGCUCUCUUGAGACCACAGCUCCUCAGGAAGAGAAGGAGGAGAACAUGACCACCUGGCCGGCAAAGGCGCCACCUGAGGAACCAGUGACCUUCCUCGAUGUGGCUGUGGACUUCAGCAAGGAAGAGUGGGGGCUGCUGGACCCGAUGCAGAGGACCGAGUACCACGACGUGAUGUUAGAAACCUUUGGACACCUGGUGUCUGUGGGGUGGGAGACUACACUGGAAAGUAAAGAGUUAACUCCAAAGUCUGACAUCCCCGAGGAAGAACCAGCCCCUGACCUAAAAAUGGAAGAAUUCUCAAGGGAUGACACCUGGUCCUCUACCUCAAGAGACAUCUUGCAGGGUGGGACCCAGGAAGUCUUGGACACAGCACUGAAGCAAGUGGAGCUCACUCAGGAAGAAACCCUCCCUCAGAAAAGCCCCCAGUCCCGGGCAAACACUGGCCUUGUCACCAGCCCUAUUUCACUCCAGAAAACUCUGCCCAGGAAACGCUUGCGCAAGCGUGGCUCGCGGGCUAAGAAGGUGACGCGUGGUCCAUGUGUAAAAAUUCAUCAGAAGGGCCACAAAGGGGAAAAAGCCAGAGAAAACAGUGGUUGUGGGAGAGCCUUCAGCCGGAGCACUCAGCAGAUUACGUUCACAAGAAUUCACAAAGGGAGCCAAGUUUGCCGAUGCAGUGAAUGUGGCAAAACGUUCCGGAAUCCAAGAUAUUUCUCUGUACAUAAAAAAAUCCACACAGGAGAGAAGCCCUACGUGUGUCAGGACUGCGGGAAGGCGUUUGUUCAGAGCUCCUCCCUCACACAACAUCAGAGAGUCCACACCGGAGAGAGGCCUUUCGAGUGUCAUGAGUGUGGGCGGACCUUCAAUGACCGCUCGGCCAUCUCCCAGCACUUGCGGACUCACACCGGAGCUAAGCCCUACCAGUGUCAGGACUGUGGGAAAGCCUUCCGCCAGAGCUCCCAUCUCAUCCGGCACCAGAGAACGCACACGGGGGAGCGCCCCUACAUGUGCAGCAAAUGUGGAAAGGCCUUCACCCAGAGCUCGCACCUCAUUGGGCAUCAGAAGACGCACAGUGGGGUGAAAUGCAAGAAGAAACAGCCUACCUCAUAGCCCUCAAGCUGAGCCGGUUGAAGAGACAUGGCCUUCUCAGCAUGAUCCUGCAAUGUAACACGAACGGGCGUGGUUGGCAUCUGGAACUGAAUAUGAAAAGCAGCACUGAGUGAUGACGUUCUCAAGACCAAAGGACAACCAGGGAGACCACCCUGCACACAAGUAAAUGAGAAAACUGGUGGGGAGUUGUUGCUAGUGAAUAUAAGUUGGAAAAACAUUUAAUUUUUCACUCACUUGAUUUGCUGUUAUAAUUUGUUUGCUCAUUUGGUCAUUAAAAGUGAUACUAGUGAAACCUGACCAUGUUUAUAACGUAAGUUUAAAAAGCCAGGUACCAAAAAGUCUGUGCACUGAUAUUAUAUUUGUGGUAUUUAUGCAUAUGGACAAGGACUAAAAGAGAACAAAGAUAAAUAAACUAUAUAUUUCUGUGA